CAUUUUGCGUUAGUCUAUUUCAGUUCGAAGUAAGGUUUGUUCGUACGAAGGCGCUUUGUUAGCCCUGCGGUUUCGUUCUUGUCCAUUUUCGAUUCCGCUAGUUGGAUGAGUUGGAUUCUUAUUGUGCAACGGGUCGUAUGAAUAAAAAGUACUUGACUAGUGGUGUUGUGUUCUGGUAUCCUUAGUUCAGUAAUUAGGCCGCAAAGCAUGUUUAUUUUGCAUGUGAAUUGAGAGAAAACCAGUGUUUUUGUUGUGAAGAAAGGUUGCAAUGUCCGGAAAAGUGAUAUACGACCAUCAGCCGACAUGAGCUGUCAAAGUGAAUGUAUCUUUUAUCAACAUUAGCUGUCGUUGCUUUGGUUGCCAUCAUGAAGCUUAAAAACGAGAAACAACAGCAUCAGGUGCGAAUUUAGUUUCUAAUUUGAACUGGAAACUUGUGAUGAUGUUACAACCGUUCUGCUAAGAAAUUUGUGCGUCCGUUUACGUUCUAAAGGAAGCAUCCAGUAAAACAAGAUAACGCCAGUCCACGCCACGCCAGCUAACGUCAUCAAGAAAUAUUAAUUAUCGUCUACGACGCACGUCCCGGAUUCUCCAAGGAAUGACAAUCGAAAUGGCCGGCCUUGCGACGUCGGAGAUAUGCGAAAAUACCAAACUUGCGCGGGAAAUGGCCGUCAUGGGAAACUACGAUUCGGCCGGUAUCUACUACGAGGGAGUUCUACAAAUGCUCCGGAAGCUCCUGAUGGGUAUCUCAGAGCCGAUUCGGAAAGGCAAAUGGACCAUGAUCCAACAGGAAAUCAACAAAGAAUACUCGCAGAUGAAACAGAUCCAGAAGAGUUUGACCGAGAUUACCAUGGACCUUCAGAAUGCACCACUGCAGGCACGCAUCCGUACACCACUGCACGAAACGGUGAAUCGGGACCCUGCGGCCUGGUUCCGAGCGGAUCCCGACGUAUGGGUACCACCGAAUCCGAACCGGGAUCCGGACGUUUGGGGACCCCCACCGGAUCUGAGCACUUCCCGCACAAUAGCCUCCCGCAACCAAAGCCGAUCGAGCACGACCCUGAACCGGAAGGCCGAGGUCAACAGGAAAAACGCCGUCACGAAAUCGGCUACCUCCUCUUCUAUUUCCGGUCGGAAGACGGCCAGCUCGAAUUCACGAAUCAGUAAUGGCAAAACAGGAACUCUACCGCGAAGCAAAGCGAAGCAAAAUUCGAUAGACACCGGAAAUGAGGGGAGUAAAGGAGAAAAGAUCGACAAGGAGAAGAACGAUGAUGACAAAGAAGAUCAGGAGAAUCAAGAAGAACCGGAACGAAAAUUCGAACCGGCCAGUCAUUCAGAUGUGGAUCUAGUCGAUAUGCUGGAGAGGGAUAUUUUGCAAAAGAAUCCAAAUAUUCACUGGGAUGAUAUAGCGGAUCUGCAUGAGGCCAAACGCCUGCUGGAGGAAGCCGUCGUGCUUCCCAUGUGGAUGCCGGACUAUUUUAAGGGUAUUCGAAGACCUUGGAAGGGAGUAUUGAUGGUGGGCCCACCCGGGACGGGCAAAACCAUGCUGGCCAAAGCGGUGGCAACGGAGUGCGGCACGACAUUCUUUAACGUGUCUUCGUCCACCCUCACGUCCAAAUACCGAGGCGAAUCGGAGAAGUUAGUUAGGUUACUAUUCGAGAUGGCACGGUUCUACGCUCCUAGUACCAUCUUCAUCGAUGAGAUUGAUUCGCUUUGCUCACGGCGAGGGUCCGAGUCGGAACACGAGGCCUCCCGCCGAGUCAAAUCGGAACUGCUAGUACAAAUGGACGGAGUCAGCAACGACGAAGCCACCAAAAUCGUCAUGGUCCUAGCAGCAACUAACUUCCCGUGGGACAUUGACGAGGCUCUGAGGAGGCGUCUCGAGAAGCGUAUCUACAUCCCACUGCCUAACAAGGAAGGUCGAGAGGCUCUGCUCAAAAUCAACCUGCGCGAGGUGAAGGUCGACGAGUCGGUGGACCUGACCACGAUUGCGACCCGACUGGACGGCUACUCCGGGGCGGAUAUUACGAACGUCUGCCGCGAUGCCAGUAUGAUGUCGAUGCGACGAAAAAUCGCCGGACUCAAACCGGAGCAGAUUCGCCAGCUGGCCAAAGAGGAGCUGGACCUCCCGGUUUCAACCCAAGACUUUACCGAGGCGAUUGCCAAGUGCAACAAGUCGGUGUCGAGGGACGAUCUCAUGAAGUAUCAACAGUGGAUGCGGGAGUUCGGUUCGUCGUGAUCCUCGGAGAACUUCCGGACGGGAGAAACGAGUGCAAUAGUUGCCGCUUGUGUUGUGCGCGUCGCCAUCAAAACUUAUUUUACAGCAGUUUUUCAUCUUGUGCGUUUUAUUUCGUCGUCUUUUUAAAACGAAAAUUUUUAUUUUUUCUUUCUGUAAGGAUGUUCGUUUAUUUAAUAGGUAGGUUACUAUAUUUUUGUCUUCAAUUUAUUUUCAAAUUCACUUCCUUAUAUGUAUGCAUGGAUGAUAAAUAAUUUGUUUUCAACACACUAUGUUUUAAAAUUUUGCCGUUUUGCAAAUUUGUCUUAUUUUAAUAUUUAGUUUUUCUUUUGCGACACUACUAAACACACUCACCGUAAAAAAAACUCCGCGAACCAUUCAAAACCGCCUAAUUUUGUGAUGGAUUGGAUUAAGUCCUGUUGACUAAUGCUUUCAUAUUCUGCCUGAAGGUAAAAUGCUAGGUUAUACAAUCUUAAUUUUCCUGGAAACGAAUUAAUAUCACUAGAAAUACUAAAAUAUCUUAUAAGAAUAAUUUUAUUAAUAAAUUUUUAAUUAAAAAUGAAA